AUGGGUUACACUCAGCUCCUGGCCCAAGUCAAGGGCUGGCUCCGAAUCCGCAACCUCCUGGCCCGACAGUGCUUGGCAGAAUUUCUGGGUGUCUUUGUGCUCAUGCUCAUCACACAGGGGGCGGUGGCUCAGGCCGUCACCAGUGAAGAAACCAAAGGCAACUUUUUCACCAUGUUUCUGGCUGGCUCCCUGGCUGUGGUGAUCGCCAUCUAUGUGGGUGGCAACGUUUCAGGCGCUCACCUGAAUCCAGCCUUCUCAUUGGCCAUGUGCCUCCUGGGGCGCCUUCCCUGGGCCAAGUUCCCCAUUUACUGCUUUGUGCAACUGCUGUCAGCUUUCUGUGCCUCUGGAGCCACCUAUGUGCUCUACUAUGAUGCUCUACAGAACUAUACUGGCGGCAACCUGACAGUUACGGGUCCCAAGGAGACAGCUUCAAUUUUUGCUACCUAUCCGGCCCCUUACCUGUCUCCCAGCAACGGUUUCCUGGAUCAGGUCCUGGGCACCUGGAUGCUGAUUGUGGGCAUCUUGGCCAUCUUGGACACACGAAACAAGGGGGUGCCUGCUGGUCUGGAGCCUGUGGUCGUGGGGCUGCUGAUCCUGGCCAUUGGACUCUCCAUGGGGGUCAACUGUGGGUACCCACUGAACCCAGCCAGGGAUCUGGGUCCUCGACUGUUCACCUAUGUGGCUGGUUGGGGCUCUGAGGUCUUCAGCGCCGGUAACAACUGGUGGUGGAUACCUGUGGUGGCGCCCAUGGUUGGGGCCACAUUCGGCACAGCUACGUACCAGCUGUUGGUGGCUGCGCAUCACCCCGAAGAAGACUCCGAGCCUAGUCCAGAUGUGGAGUUUGUAAACACAAUGACCUCAGACUUAAAGACUCUUGAUUCCACUUAA